GUGGCACUCAGAAUAUCUCAGUUUCGACAUAUGAAGCCACACAACCAAUAUAUGAUGUUUCAGCCCCAUCACCUAAUUCAUCUUCAACAGUGUCAAUCCGUGCCAAGUUUCCUGGUUCACUCUCAUAUGAACUUUGGAAUUCUGCUUUACGCUCAUCAACUCCACUGCGCCACCGACAAGUACUCCUUAAGACCCUUCACAUUCAAAACAUUCAAAGAGACUACAUUCUGCAUGAAAUUUGGAUCGGACAAUCUGAAAAGAGAGGAGAAGACCAUGUCCGUCCGUAUUAUAACAGAAGAACCAUUCUAAAGAUGGCUUUGGAUUCCAUACAUGCUGAUCAUGUAUAACAAAAAAGGGAGAUGUCUGGCUCUGAAGUCUAACCAUUCAAGGAGGAAGCGAGUCAGCACAAAGGAGAGAUUUUCAGGGUAAUUUAUUGUGUUCAAUCAUAUUAUCUAUGUUUGUAUUUGUGUAUUAAUUGUAAUAGUUAAUUUUACCGGG